AUCCAAAGCAAACUAGCUCCAACUUGACUUCCGGAUCAGGAGUCAAGGAAGUGCCAUUAAUAAUUAUUCAAGACCAAAAUGGAAGUGGCUCUGGUUCAACCACAACUGGAUCAGGAAGUAAUGAGGAGAUAACAUAUGAGUGCCCCAAAGAUCCAUGUGAAAAAAAGGUAAAGAAGAAAGGGGAAAGAUGUGCUGACCAUAAAUAUUGUGAACAUGUAGGAUGUAAGGAAGAAGUACUAUUCACAUUUAGGUACUGUAAGAGGUGUCAAUCAUGUUGCAGAGCAGACGGAUGUUUCGGCACAAGGGAAUGGAGAACAGCUUAUUGUAAAAACCACUCGACCACAAAACUAGCGCUUUGCUCCAUACAAAACUGUAGAAGAAAAACAGGGGAUCACACAUGGGAAUUUUGUAACGACUGUUUAAAAGGGAUGCGUGAGAUAGGAGAUAUGGCAGGGUGUGACACAUGCAAGACUUCAAAUCCAUCCUGUGAAGAUUGUGGUAAGGUAAAAGUCAUACAAGAAUAUAAUGAGAUAAGGAAAGAGGCUCUAAGGCAAAAAAAUGUAACCUUUGACACCCAGAGUUCUAGCUCGACCAUAGCAGGAGCAAGCACAACAGGUGGACCAAGACCUAUCCUGAGAAACAACACAACUAAUAUAAUUAGUAGCAUAAGCCCCACAUCAGGAAUUAACUCUAGCUUCUUUGGUAAUACAAGUUCAAACUCAAGUGGAACUAGUAGCUUAUUUGGGACAAAUCCAAACCCAACUCGAAUUUUACCAAUAAGAACUGGAGGGGGAUUUGGAGGAGGCUGGAAUAACCCACCACCAGUAAAUAGUAAUCCACCACCAGUCAAUAAUAAUCCACCACCAGUCAAUAAUAACCCACCACCAGUCAAUAAUAAUCCACCACCAGUCAAUAAUAAUCCACCACCA